AUGGCCGCACCACCACCCACCAUCCACACCAUGCCCGGCAGCACCAACCUGCCUCCCGCUCGCCUCCCCAACUCCACCGGCACCGCCGCGCUCAACCCCCGCACCACCGCGCAGUCCUUCGUCGCCGCCGUCAACGCUUCCCUCGCCCGCGCGGACGACGCCCCCGCCGCGCUGGCUUCGCUGUUCGCCGACGACGGCUACUGGCGCGACCACCUGGCGCUGACCUGGGCGCUGCGCACCGUGCAGUCGCCCGCCAAGAUCGCCGCGUUCCUGCGGGACGCCGCGUCGCGGGACGACGGGACGCUGCGGCUGCGGUCGGUGGCGCUGGACGACGGGCGCCCGUCGGCGGUGGUCAAGCUCGACGCCGACGGCAAGGUGGACGUGCUGCAGUUCUUCAUCACCUUUGAGACGGCCGUGGGCUUCGGCGCGGGCACGGUGCGGCUGGUCGGCACGGGGGGCGAGGGGUGGAAGAUUUACACGCUGGGAACCAUCUUGCAGGGCCUCAAGGGCUUCGAGGAGCCGGUGAACGGGCAAAGGCCGGCGGGUGUGGCUCACGGCCAGCAUCCGGGACGAAAGAAUUGGGCGGACAGGCGCGAGGCCGAGGUGAAUUACACCGACGGCAGCGAGCCUCAGGUCAUUAUUGUUGGUGCUGGUCAGGCUGGCCUCACAGCCGCUGUCCGACUCAAAAUGCUGGGCAUCAACGCCCUCAUCGUCGACCGGAACAAGCGCGUGGGCGACAACUGGCGUAACCGGUACCACCAGCUGGUGCUGCACGAUCCGGUCUGGUACGACCACAUGCCAUACAUACCGUUCCCGCCCAACUGGCCCAUCUUCACACCCAAGGACAAGCUGGCGGGGUGGUUCGAGUCGUACGCGCAAAGCAUGGAGCUGAACGUGUGGAUGACGACCGAGCUGGCAAGUAAGCCGGUGUGGGAUGAGGCCCCCAAGACGUGGACGGUCGAGCUACGGCGCACCAAAACAGACGGGAGCGUGGAGGAGCGCACGUUUCGCCCUAGACACAUCAUUCAGGCGACAGGCUACUCGGGCCAGAAGUACCUACCGGAUAUUAAGGGCAUGGACAGCUUCAAAGGGCAUGUUCUGUGCCACUCGUCCGACUUCCCCGGCGCAAAGAAGGAUAUCGGGAAAGGAAAGAAGGCGAUUGUGGUCGGUUGUUGUAAUUCGGGGCACGACAUCUCGCACGAUUUCUACGAAAACGGCUACGACGUGACAAUGGUGCAGCGAUCGAGCACGCACGUAGUGUCGUCAGCGGCCAUCACCGAGAUUGCCCUCAAGGGUCUCUUCUCCGAGACGUCGCCGCCAGUUGACGACGCGGACCUGCUCCUCAACAGCCUUCCCAACGCCGUGCUGAAGACCGUGCAGGUACAAGUCGGCGUUCUGCAGCGCGCGCACGACGAGCCCAUGCUCACGGGGCUGGCGGCGGCCGGGUUCAAGGUCGACGACGGGCCUGACGGCGCGGGCCUCUUCUUCAAGUACUUCCAGCGCGGUGGCGGCUACUACAUUGACGUCGGGGCCUCGCAGCUCAUCGCCGACGGCAAGAUCAAGAUCAAGCAGGGCCAAGAGAUUAGCGAGGUGCUGCCAAACGGUCUGCGGUUCGCGGACGGCGAGGAACUUGAGGCGGACGAGAUUGUAUUGGCGACGGGGUACCAGAACAUGCGGGAGCAGGCGCGCGAGAUGUACGGCGACGAGCUCGCGGAUAGAGUGAAGGAUGUCGGGGGGCUCAACGAGGAGGGGGAGUAUCGCACCAUGUGGCAGGAUAGUGGGCACCCGGGCUUCUGGUUCCACGGGGGCAACAUGGCGCAGUGUCGAUACUUUUCGCGGCUGCUGGCGCUGCAGAUCAAGGGCCUCGAGGCUGGGCUGUACAAGCACGGGGAAAAGUAG